AUGAUACUGAAACAUCCUUCAAAUGUGGGUGCAUUUAAAGAGGAUUGUGAUUAUUCAAAAGGAAAAUGGGUAUGGGAUACAGAAAGGAACAUAUACAACUCUAGUGAGUGGAUUUGCCCCACAAGGCCAACAGGAUACAACUGUGAAAUGAAUGGGAAGGACCUUGAAUAUUUGAAUUGGAGAUGGAAACCAGAUGGUUGUGAGCUUCCUAAGUUUGAACCUUAUAGCUUUCUUAACAUCAUCAGAGGAAAGACACUUGCCUUUGUUGGAGACUCUCUUUCCUUGAAUCAACUGAAUUCACUCCUUUGUCUUGUAUCUCAGAUAUACUUGUAUGAAGGUGGCAAACUCAUAGGGUGCAUAAACUGUAAAGAUGAGAAAAAACUAACAAAACAUGAGACAAAGUUUGGAUUGCAGAAGGCAUUCAAAACAGUGUUCCAAUACAUAAGCAAGUGUGAAGAGUGCAAGGAGUUGUUCACUUUGUUGAGGACUUACUCACCUUCACACUUUGAGAAGGGUUCAUGGUUUGAUGGAGGGUAUUGCAGAAGGAGUCAUCCUUUGGAGAAUGAGGAGAAUGCUAAACAAAAGUUGAGGUCUCAAUGGAAAACUUGUGAGGAGUUUAGAGAAGUUCAGUUAGAAGAGUUGGGAAGAGUAAGAAGGAAUGAAGAAGGUGGAAGGAAAAGGUAUGGAGUUGUGGAUGUUAGUAGAGCAUCAAUGCUGAGGGUUGAUGCACAUCCUGGUUUUUAUUAUAGCAAUUUGGUGGGGAGAAAUGUUACUGAUUGUUUGCAUUGGUGCAUGCCAGGGCCUCCUGAUAUGUGGAAUGAGAUUUUAUUGGAAAUUCUCAAGAAAGAUUCUAUUAAUUAA